AUGAUAGGCUAAUAAAACUAUUUAGUAGAUUCUAUUAAAAAAGAAUAUUAGUUUGAAUAAAAUAUAGAUGAAUUUGGCAGUCAACAAUAUAAACCUAUACAGCUUUAAUAAACUGAUGAUAAAUAGAUGAUAAAUGAGGAUUAGUUAUAUAAAGUUACAGAUAUAAUAUAGAUUUAAUCUUAUGGAGAUAGAAUUUCUCUUGAAAUCACUAAUUUAAAUACAAAUUCAAACACGAUACAAACAAAAAUUGCAAAGCAGAAACGUAAAAAAAGGCUAAAAAAUGUAUAAUAUAAUAUUAUGAGUAUUUAUAAUUAAAACUUAUUUGAAUAAAUAAGCUGCUAAUAAAAGGAAUAUGUUCUUCCUGGUGGAGUAGUGAUAGAUUUAGAGUGGAUGAAUGAUUAAAUAGAAAAAAAGUGCAAAAAAUCUAUACAUUUGUAAUAUUAAAUUAGUCUAUUUAAUGAAGGAUUUAUUUCAAUUUAUGUUACCGAUUCAAAAAUAUCAAAAGAAUAUGAUUUUAUUAUACAAUAACUUGAAAGGACUCAAAAUUAGGAUUUUUAUAAUACCUCUUAGCUAAUAAAGUUAUAUAAGGUUCCUAUAAUCUUACUAGAAAAUCAGAUUCAGAUAAUUAAAAAUCUAUAUCAUGAAAAAGAACUGUUUGAUAUUAUUUAACAAAGACAAAAAUUCUUAUAAUCAAAAGCAAUUGAGUUAUCAUAGUAGCAUUUAAAUGGGGAUGAGUUUACUUUAGCAGUUACCUUUUAAAUCAACUGGGCUAUUGAUUCCUUACACUUAUCAUGUUUUUACUUUUCGUAAGCGCUUUUAGCACUUUUAGGAACAGCAAACUAAGAUGUAAUUUAAAUAUUGAGAAAUGGUCAUUUUUAGCUAUUUACUGGAUAUAGCAGUAGGCUGAUAGCAGAGUUUAAUAUGAGGAACUACUUAAAUUAGAUUUAAAAUGAAUGGGUACAAAUAGAUGACUUUGAAAUACAGACCUUAGAUGGAAUAGUAAUAAGGUGUACUUGUUAAAUAAAGAUAUAAAGAAUAAGCUAUCCAGAAAAUCUAAAACUUCAAGACUCAUGUAAUAGCUAGAUAAAUACAAUUGAAAAUAUAAUACUGAUGAAAUAUAACUUGACAAAAGAGAAUCUUCGCAAUGUUAUUGAGUUGAGACAUUAAAUAAUUAAAGACUAUUCUUCUGAAAUUUCUUAACAAGCUUAUAUUGAAUUCAAAUAAGAUUAAGAAAUAGUAUAGAAUUUUGAAUAUUAUAUGCAAUCAGAAUUAUUUUUGUAAAAAUUCUACUAAGAAAAAUAUAAUAAUUUAGUAAAUUGUUAAAAGAAAAAGCAAUAAGUUUGCUCUUACAGAUUUAUAUAAUCAUGA